GUUGGUUUCUUCACGAACACGCGUUACUUCAGCUGCUGCUGCUGCACGAAUGUGAGAGUGGGCGAGCCCGGCACCCGGAAGGAGUUCAUCAGCCGAUCAAGAAUGCUAUGGAGUCCCCAGCAAAUAAAGAUAUUGAAUUCAUCACUGACAUACGUGGAAGUAUUUGAUUUACCUUGGAGAACAUCCAAUUGAAAUGGCACCCUACAAAUUGAAAUUAUUUGGCCUAUUGUAUUUUGUACAAGGAAUACCCUAUGGAUUACAAUCUGGUUUACUACCAAUUUACCUCAGAACUAUUGGAAUUUCAUAUACCAAAAUUAGUUUGACUAAGUUCUUGUACUUCCCUUGGCUACUGAAGAUACUUUGGGCUCCAUUUGUGGAUCAAUAUGGGACAAAGCAGAAAUGGCUGCUAUCUAGUAUGUUUGGUCUAUUUCUAUGUAGUUUAAUAAUUUCCAAACUGCAUCCAAAGACUGAUUUCCCAAUGUUGGCCUUCAUUCUGCUGCUGAUGAACUUCCUUGCUUCAGUUCAAGAUAUUGCUGUUGAUGGAAUAGCAGUACGAUUACUCAGUAAUGAGGAAAUUGGCUAUGGCAACACCAUCCAGGUCGUGGGUUAUAAGACAGGCUCUGUUGUUUCAGGAGCAGGGCUUUUGACAAUGAUGGACCAUAUUAGCUGGGAUAUGCUCUUUGUAGCAAUCUCUGUUAUUUAUGUGAUUGCUAUCAUUUGUGCAUGCUUCACGCCUGAACCUCCAACAAGCUCUGUUACAGAAACUAGGUUGCCUGUGUUGAAUCCACAUGAAAUACUAAAAGAAGUAGUUCAUGUGCCUGGAACCAUUUGGACUCUAAUUUAUGUCAUCAUUUACAAAUUAGGAGAACAGGGUACUGUGAGCAUGUUUCCAAUGUUUUUACUGGAGCACAAUUUCUCUCCAGCGGAGCUGGGAUUAUGGACUGGGCUAGUUGCAAUGGGAUUUUCUAUUCUUGGAUCAUGCCUUGGUGGCAUAUUAAUGACAAAGUAUAAUGCAUUUUCACUUAUUCUGAGUCUGUUUGUGGUGCGUGUUGGAAAUUUGAGUUUCCAGACAUUACUUCUCCUUCUGUUUGAAAGUGAAUCCUUGACAAUGAAAGGUGCAGCUGUGCUAAGUAUUAUUUUACAGCAUUUUCUAGGUGGAUUGAUAACAACAUUGACAUUUAGUAUCAUGAUGCUGUGCACUCAGAAGGCUGAGGAAAGAAUACAGGCCACUCAUUACACAUUUCUGGCAAGUUUUGAAGUCUUGGGGAAACUUACUUUCAGUGCCGUAGCUGGUUUACUUGUGGAUAAGUUGGGUUUUCCUUUUAGUUUUUGCAUAUUUGUUCUGCUAUCAUGUUUAGCUAUUGUCCAUGUAUGUAAGCCACCAGAUUUGCUACCUGAGCAGAAAAGACAAUAAAGUGCGAGUCAUCUGCAAUGUGAUUAAAACUAC